GGAAUUAAGAUUGUUUGUAAUGUAUUUGAAAAGUUCAAAGAUGAUGAAGGGAAAUUCAAGGCAUCCUUGAUUAACGAUGUUCCUGGAAUGCUAAAUCUAUACGAGGCAGCACACUUUGCUAUUCAUGGAGAAGAUAUUCUAGAUGAAGCCCUCACUUUUACUACCACUCAACUUAAGUCAAUGGGGUCUUAUGAGAGCCCUUCCCUUGCAAAACAAAUAAAUCAUGCUCUUAAUUGUCCUCUCCGGAAAGGCCUACCAAGGCUAGAGGCAAGAUUUUUCAUUUCUGCUUAUUUAAGAGAUGGUUUACACAAUAAAACUUUGUUAAAGUUUGCCAAGUUAGACUUUAACAUGUUACAAGCAAUGUACCAGAAGGAUCUCAAAGACGUCUUACAGUGGUGGAAUAAUGUAGACUUCAUUUCAAAGCUGUCUUACGCGAGACACAGAAUGGUGGAGCAAUAUUUUUGGUCACUGGGAAUUAUUUUUGAGCCACAAUAUGCAUUUGGUAUUAGGAGUACGGCCAAACUAAUAUGUCUGUUAACCCUCAUAGACGAUACAUACGAUUCCUAUAGUACAAUUGAAGAACUCACACUCUUUACAGAAGCUGUCAAAAAAUGGGACUUUGGCGCCACAGAUAUGCUUCCAGACUACAUGAAAUUAAUUUACAAGACACUGUUAGUUUUUUUCUGUGAAAUGGAGGAAUAUAUGCAAAGAAUUGUUCAAGGCUACUUUUCUGAAGCCAAAUGGUUGAAUGAAGGGUACAUUCCAACAUUUGAGGAAUAUACAAGUCUUGCAGCAGAAACAUCUGCAGUCGAAUUGAUCACAUCAGUUGCGUUCCUUGGCAUGGAUGAUAUUGCAACCAAGGAAGAUUUUGAUUGGAUUUCCACUAAUCCUAAGAUUAUAAAUGCAGCAAAGCUUAUUGGCAGACUCAUGGGUGAUAUAGGGUCUCAUAAGUUUGAGCAAAAGAGAGGACAUAAUCCCUCAGCUGUUGAAUGCUACAUGAAGUGGCAUGGUGUUACCAAUGCAUGGACAGAUGUGAAUGAAGAAAUGUUAAAAUCAACUGCUAUAUCAAUGUCUUUACUGGAACGAGUUCUUAAUUAUUCGCGUGUAGCUCAUAUUUUCUACAAGGAUGGUUAUGAUGCCUUUACAGAGGCAUAUAAGCUUAAAGACCAAGUUCUCUUAUUGCUCAAGGACCCUUUGCCUCUUCAAGAGUAG